AUGUAUACAAAAUUUUGCAUUUACCAACCAUCUUCUCCUUUAGUGUUUCUCAUCAUUAAUGAGAAAAGCCCUAAAAGAAUAAUUUUAUUUGGGAGUUGAAGGAAACACGGAAGGAGGAGUUAAUGGAGAAAGCCAAAGCUUUCCUUGAACUAACCCAGGAAGAAUUGGACCGGGUUCUGUCACUUGACUUCCCUCCUCUCCGAACCGGCGCCGAGUUUAGCUUCUACGAGUGUUAUGCCCUCAGAGGUAUCCGAGUUGAUCGCCUUGAAUCCGGUCGUGUCUUUUGCACAUUCAAAGUUCCUCCUCGACUCACUGAUAGAGAAGGAAAAUUAGCACCUGGUGCUAUAGCCAAUCUUGUUGACGCUGUUGGGGCUGGAUGUGUCAAUGUGGGGGGUCACCCAGUGAAUGUAUCCGUGGACAUGUCAAUUUCAUUUCUUUCAAGUGCGAAGAUUGAUGAUGAGUUGGAGAUCAUCGGUCAAGUCUUAGGUAAGAGAGGAGGUUAUUCUGGAACAAGUGUACUUGUGAAAAACAAAGCUACUGGGGAGCUAAUUGCUGAGGGGCGGCAUUCAUUAUUUGGUAAAUAUGCUAGUAAAAUGUGAUGAAGUAUUUAUCUAGACCAAAAUGUCUCUUUGAUUCGAUAGUUUUCAGAUAACAUGCAUUGAACAAUAUUAUGCCCGUGUGAAGUAUAUGCUCAUUAGUGGAGGUGGAUAUGUUUUGCUU